AUGCCGCCGAAGUUUGAUCCCUCCCAGGUCGUCGACGUUUUCGUCCGCGUCACCGGCGGUGAAGUCGGUGCAGCUAGUUCACUUGCCCCAAAAAUCGGCCCGCUGGGACUUUCUCCGAAGAAAAUCGGUGAAGACAUAGCCAAGGAAACUGCCAAGGACUGGAAGGGCCUCCGCGUAACGGUCAAGCUCACCGUCCAGAACCGCCAAGCCAAGGUCACCGUCGUUCCCUCUGCCGCCGCCCUCGUAAUCAAGGCCCUUAAGGAGCCCGAGCGAGAUCGUAAGAAGACUAAGAACAUUAAACACAAUGGGAAUAUCUCGCUCGACGAUGUCAUUGAAAUUGCCAAGGUAAUGAGUCCACGCUCCAUGGCCAAGGAUUUGAGCGGCAUCGUGAAGGAGAUUCUUGGCACUUGUGUCUCUGUAGGGUGCACUGUUGAUGGGAAGGAUCCUAAGGACUUGCAGCAGGAGAUUACUGAUGGAGAUGUGGAGAUUCCCCUUGACUGA